AUGGGUGCCCUCUACUACCUCUUCCACCCGAACCAGCUUCGGUCCAUUAUCCAAUGGAAGGUCUGGCACGAUCCUGUCCACAAGCGUGAUCCCAGCACCGAGUCCCCCGAGCUGCAAGAAUGCUUCCGCUACUUGAACAUGACGAGCCGCAGCUUUGCGGCCGUCAUCCAGGAGCUUAACCAUGAGCUUCUUGUCCCCAUUACCCUCUUCUACCUUGUUCUCCGUGGUCUGGAUACUAUUGAGGACGACAUGACUCUUCCCCUGGACAAGAAGAUCCCUCUUCUUCGCGAGUUCCACAACACCAUGGAGCAGGAUGGUUGGCAGUUCCAUGAGAGUCAAGAGAAGGACAAGGAGCUUCUUGAGCACUUUGACGUUGUCAUCACUGAGCUCAAGAAGAUCAAGGCUCCUUACUAUGAGAUUAUCAAGGACAUGACCAUCAAGAUGGGCAAUGGCAUGGCCGAUUAUGCCCAAAACACGGAGAUGAUCGAGAAUGGCGUGCAAACAAUCGACGAGUAUGAGCUUUACUGCCAUUACGUUGCUGGUCUCGUCGGCGAGGGCUUGACCCGCCUGUUUGUCGCCUCGGAGCUCGCCAACCCCAAACUGGCUGAGCGUCCCUCACUGACCGAGUCAAUGGGUCAGUUCCUCCAAAAGACCAACAUUAUUCGAGAUAUCCAUGAAGACUGGGAGGACGGUCGAAGAUGGUAUCCUAAGGAGAUCUGGAGCAAGCACGUCGACAAGUGGGAGGAUCUUUUCGAUCCCAAGCAGCGCACAAAGGCCCUCGAAUGUGUCUCUGAGAUGGUUCUCGAUGCUCUCAAGCACAGCGAGGAGUGCCUGUUCUACAUGGCCGGUAUCAAGGACCAGAGUGUCUUCAACUUUGUUGCCAUCCCCCAGGGCAUGGCCAUUGCCACACUGGAGCUCGUCUUCAGAAACCCCAACGUUCUCGAGAGGAACAUCAAGAUCACCAAGGGUGAUGCCUGCCAGAUCAUGUUUGAGUGCACUCAAAACCUCGUCACAGUAUGCGAUGUCUUCCGGAGAUACGCACGACGAAUCCAAGCAAAGAACGACCCCAGAGAUCCCAGCUAUCUUGCCAUCAGUGCGCAGUGCGCCAAGAUUGAGCAAUUUAUCGAAACCCUCUUCCCUCGACAAGAUCCCAAGAAGCUCGCCUUGGAGAACAACCAGAGGCAGAACAAGGAGCCUACCAUGGACCCUGGUGAGGCCGUUGUCCUCUUUGGUGUCGUCAUUGCCAGCUUGCUCUGCAUUUCUGGUCUUAUGAUUGGCACUGCUUGGUUCUUCGGCGCCAGGUUCGACAACAUCUUCAAGGAGGCCAGUGUCUUCCUACCAGGUGGCGAGAAGGCCACACCCCUAGUUACGGGCCGUGACGAAUUGUAA